ACAGGCUUCCUCUACCUGCACUUUCAUCUUUAAGUUGCAAGUGUAUUACACUUACAAACAACUGGCGGUGGUAAGUGAAAGAAACAUGGAGAAGCUGAAAUCGCUAGUUCCGAGUAGCAUUAAGCAAAUGAUAGCAAACAGCAGUGAAGACGAUCUUCCUUCAACGUGUGAAUCACUACUCAACUUCUUCCUCAAUUUGGACCAGUUUCACCAGGUUGUGAGAGACUUGGUGGAUCCUGGGAGCCGUCUCUGCGGGAAGAAUUCGGACGCGGCUAUUGAACUGAAGCUAAAGGGAAAUCAAUGUUAUUUGAGCGGAGAUUAUGCUAAAGCUUUGAGUUUCUAUACUCAGGCUCUGCGAAUUGCUCCGGUUGAUUCCAUUGACAAAGACAGAAAUUUGGUUGCAACUUUGUUUCUGAAUCGGGCUUCUCUCUUGCAAAAAAUGGAUCUUUUAGUGGAAUGCUUACAAGAUUGUAAUCGAGCCCUUCAGAUUUCUCCAACCUAUACAAAGGCAUGGUACAGGAGAGGGAAGGUGAAUGCCUCAUUGGGAAAUUACGAAGAUGCAGUUCAGGACUUGAUCAUUGCAAAGGACAUGGAACCAUCAUCGGGUGGAAAGAAGCAGAUAGAAAGUGAACUGAAGAUAAUUUUAGACCAAUCCAAGAGUGCAGGCAGUAAGUUUGUUCAAAAAAAUGCAAAUAACCUCAGAGUACCAGAUGAGCCAGUCCAAGUAAAUCUGCAGUGCGUUAUCACUCCUGAUAAAGGAAGGGGUAUGGCUUCUCAAUGUGACAUUCCAGAGUCUUCCUUGGUGCAUAGAGAAGAACCUUAUGCUGUGAUUAUAUUAAAGCACUGUCGGGAAACUUAUUGCCAUUACUGCUUAAAUAAACUACCAGCAGAUGCAAUACCAUGUACAUCAUGUUCAAUACCGCUGUAUUGCUCCCACAAUUGCCAAGUACUGGCAGGAGGACAACUGUUGAAGAAUUUUCCAAUGAAACAUAGUAGUAAUGAAAUCCUUUUCAACAAAUUUGAAGAGUAUAUUGCACAAAUUACUCGAGGCAUUGAUUUCUAUCCAGGUGAUGAGCACUUUUUUGAACAUAAACAUGAAUGUCAAGGUGCACACUGGCCUAUGAUAUUGCCAUCUGAUAUUGUUUUGGCUGGACGAGUGCUGGUCAAAUGUAUAGAGCAAAGAAGAGCUUGUAGUGAGGGUUUUAACCUCACAGAAACUUUGGAGCUUUCACAUAAUUACUUGGAUGCAUCUCCAGAAAGCAAAUUGGAAUCACAUAUAUAUUCAAUUGUUUUGUUGUAUUGUAUCCAGCAUUCUUAUGGCUUUGAACUGCCAAUAAAUGGAGCCUCUAUAUCACAGAGAGGGAAGCAAUCGAGAGAAAAGAUCUUGUUUAAACUGCGAUGGCUACAAUGUACAUGCUUUGACCUCAAACUUCUCUCUCUCUCUAUACUGCAGAUUGUCAUACUAAUAUUUCAAAUAAGGGUGAAUUCUAUGGCAAUCGUGUGCAUGAAAUCCAAUGAUGACAGACCACCAAAUCAGUUUGGAGAUACUGUACCUGGUGGAACUGCUUUAACUAGCACUCUGGAACAGAUUAGAGUAGGCCAAGCAAUUUAUGCAGCUGGCAGUUUGUUCAACCAUUCUUGCCGGCCAAAUAUUCAUGCAUACUUUCUUUCGCGCACUCUCAUAAUACGGACAACAGAGUUUGUAACCUCAGGUUGCCCAUUGGAGUUGUCUUAUGGUCCCCAGGUUGGGCAGUGGGACUGUAAAGACCGUUUACAGUUUUUGGAAGGCAAUUAUUCUUUUCGAUGUCGAUGCAGUGGUUGUUCUGAAGUAAAUCUAUCAGAUCUGGUUAUUAAUGCUUUCCAUUGUAUCAAUCCAACUUGUUCCGGCAUAGUUUUAGAUUGCUCUGUGGUCAAUUGUGAAAAACAGAAACUUAAGCAGUUCCCCAAAUUUCCAAAAGGUAGCAGCUCAGAAUCUCAUUUGCAGAUUGGCAAGCUUAGUUGUGAUUACAUUGAUUCAGUGGGUUACCUUGCACUUCAGAAAAAAAAUAGAACCCUUGAUGGUGAUCCUGGAUACUGUUUGAAAUGUGGUUCUUAUUGCAAUCUGGAAUCUUCAUGUGCAGCAGUUGAUGAAGCUUGGAUUUAUAUUAAACGGUUAGAGGAUUCAAUAGUUUCAAGAGAAAUCUCAAGGACUGUAGUUUUAGAUGCUUUGAGAUCACUGCAUCUAUUAAGAACAAUAUUGCAUGCAUGCAAUAAGGCCAUUGCCAAAACAGAGGACAAUCUUGCACAGGCAUUUUCAUUGGUCGGAGACCUACAAUCUGCAAGGGACCAUUGUAAAGCAUCAGUUGAGAUAUUAGAAAAGCUCUACGAUCAUCAUCACAUCGCUAUUGGAUAUGAACUGGUGAAGCUUGCAUCCAUUCAGCUAUCCUUAGGUGACCAUAACGUGGUGGACAGCAUAAAUCGAUUGGCUGCAAUAUUUCUGCGCUAUUAUGGAUCAGAUGCUGACACAAUAUUCCCAAAUCUGCAAUCCCUUAGAGAGAUGGCUCUCAAACUUGUCCAAAGGUUGGAGAGUUGAAGUAGCAGUUCCUCCUCAAGAGCUGAUGAGUUUGGCAUAAGGAGCUGAUUAACAAAUUUCAAGAAGUAAUGCUGGUAAUUAUUAGCUCUGUCCCGAUUCUACUCUCACUUGUUUGAAUUUCAAUUGGACGAACAAUGCAGUUGCUAUGGAAGCUAUGAUAAUUAUGGAAGAUGUGAAAGGCCUAAGUGUUAUCCAGCCGAGGGAUUAUUGAGGUUAGUAGUGUUGAUAUAUGUGUUGUUUAUGGUACAAUCAAUCAAGUCCCGAAUGUUAUGUUGGGUCCUAGAGAAGUUGAAGCAUUUUCUCUCGGGGUGUUAAAAGCAUUUUGUGUAUAUGGAUUACUAUUAUUCAUUCCAAUUUCUGCAAUUUGAAUGACGGGUUAAUUGUAAGAGAGAGGAGAAUCUAAUGAAUGCAGGGCAAAUGAAAAUUUUCAUUUCAUCA